AUGAACGUCAACGGCCGCCUGUGCUCCUUUGCUAGGUCUGUCGCCGGCGGCAGGGAGCAUCACGCGGAGGCCCCGCUGGGCGCCUUCGCGUCGCGGUGGCAGCUGAACGAGCGGUCCAGGCAGGUGCUGGCGGCCCUCCCCCAGGAGGUGCUGAACACUGUGAUGGCGGAGUUCCGCCCCGCGCCGGGCACUGCCAGCGUGGAGACGGCAAGCUCCAGACCUUCGCACGAGGUGUGCUGGAGAGAUUUCAGGAGCCACAGGCAGCUGGGGGCUCCCGCGCCGUGGCGGACUUUGUGGCGAGGUGGGGUUUGGAUGCGGAGGCCGGCGCCUUUCUGGAAUCCCUGCCGGAGGGGCCGCUGA